AUGCAGUGGGACCCGUACAUCAAGCAUGGGUAUCGGGCUCAGCUGAAUAGCUUCAGGCGGUGCUUCUGGUCUCUCUUUCACCUUCACAAUGAAUCCGUCAACACUUGGUCGCAUAUUCUUCCCGGAGUCUACUUUCUGGUCAUCCUGCUGGCAAUUGAUUAUUGGAUCGCCCCCUUACCGUUUGAGGUCCCACUAUCUGACAUUCUGGCGGUCCAAACCUACGUCGCCGGGACAGCAGGAUGUCUGGUCUUUUCGGCUACCUUCCACGCGACUAAUGCCCACUCCCCUGAGGUCGCACGUGCUUUUCUAAAGCUGGACUACUUCGGGAUUGUGCUAACCAUCUCCACGACCUGUAUCUCCGUCGCGUAUUUCGCCCUCCACGGCUCUCCACUGUAUCAAUCCAUCUACAUUCUGUUCACCCUGUUCUGUGCCGCGAUGGUAUUUAGCGUUUUACUCGACGCGGGGAUGGAUGGUGCUCGUGCCGGUCCAUGGAGAGCAACUGUCUUCAUCCUCCUAGCCGCCAGCGGCUUUGCCCCAAUCUUCCGCGUUGUCUUCUGGGCGGGCGAGGAGCCUUGCGGCUGGUCCCGGAUUCCGGGCGAGAGUCUCAUCGUGACCUGCUCGUCGUAUGCGCUCGGCACCAUCGUCUAUAUCACUCGGUUCCCCGAGGCAUAUUGGCCCUCGCGGUUCGAUCUGGUGGGGGCCAGUCAUCAAAUUUUCCACGUGUUGGUGGCAUUUGGGCAGAUUGUACACUUGUUUGGGUUGAGAGAGAUGCUGCGGCGAAUACACUCGUGA